CAGUUGCUUUCGAGGCAUUCCACAGGAAAGUUGAAUAUUGCGAAUUCCAAGCAGCAACAAAGCGCACGUUCUUUGCUGGCCAGCAGCCGCAUCAGCCGCAUGCAGAGGAGGCUGGAAACAGAAACUCCAGCGAUCGAAAAGCCUGCCAGUCGGAGAGAGUGAAGGAGGAACAAACCAAAAGCGUCUCAGUCGUUUUGCAUGAUUUGCUGAAUUUCCUUUUCCCCUACGCAAUGGAUGAAAGUCAUCUGCUCUACAGCCUGAUCGAAAAGGUCCUAAUCCUAUACAAAGAGCAGAUGACCCAAAAUGCGACUAAGAUGUGCCAGGAGGAUAUCUUCAAAGCAGGUCCAAUUGUUGUGCCCUGGCGACUGAUCGUCCUUUCGCUGACAGUGUGGUUCCUCACCAUUCUGACAUGGGCAACCAUCACCCUGCGUCUUAUAAAAUUCCCUAACAGGAAUUUGAAACAAGAUAUGUCAAAAGCCAUGAAUUCCAAGCAUUCUUGUGCGCCAAAUUAUCAUACACACUUCCACUGCACCUGCAGAAAGAAAAUCAAACACAGGACAAGCGCAAGUGCUGAGGGCCUCUCAGAAAACCAACUCCUGGACAACUUUUUUGAAACUGGUGGAAUGAACGAGAACGUGGUCGAUGGCUUCUCACAGUCUCAUUCAGGCAAUCAAGCUCGAAUGGAGUUAGAGACCGACGCGGAUGUGUACGAAAUUGCAAUUUGAAGCAAUAAUAUUCCACCCCUCUGUAGUCUGAAUCCUCACGCUGAUGUAUUUACUAGGAUCUCUUUUAGUAUCUAUUAGUCCAAUUAUAUUAAAACCUCUAAUGAAUGUUUGAGCACAAAUUUGUUUUUGAAAGGAGCCUUUUCCUUUUACAGCGAUAAAUGCAGUCAAAGUGUUGUUAUGACGAUCAAACGUUCCUAUAUUGAAUGAAUUUUCGAUAUAAUCUGUGUUGUUCAAUAAAAUCUGAUUGUUAAAA